AUGAUGUUUAAAGGACAUCCUUAUCUAAAUAAAAUGAGUUGUUUUAUUAAUCAUCACUAAAAUCCAUAAUUAUUUUAUUUAAUAUCACAGAAAUAUAAGGUCUUCAACUUUUUAGACUUACAAUUACUGGGUUUGGUUCUUAAUGACCCUGCUAUAUAUAACCCUAUUAACAUGCAUGUUUAUGAGAUGAGUAGUACUAAUCAAUAGUAUGCAAAGACCAAAUAUAUUCCUUUAAAAAGCGGUAAUUUGUUUUGUGAAGAUUUUUUCCCUUAAUAAUAUAUAAAUUUGAAAUGUCUGAUUGUUAAUAAGAAUGGUAACCAUGUUAAUUUGAUACGGAAAAACCAAAAUCCCGAUUUUAUAGCGCAUUAAUCAAUUGAUUUUGGACAUAGAUUUCUAAUGGGAUAAAUGAGCGAAGAUGAAGAGUAUUUGAUCACUUGGGAUGAUAAAUCAAAGGAAAUUAAAAUUAGAAAAUAUCAUUAAGAAUGA